AUGUUCAUCAACUCUACCAACGACGAGAGGUUGACAAAACUACAGAAAUUUUACAAUGUCAUAGCAGAAUGGGCUGAUAAUUGUAAAGAAUCGAAGACAUCGUUUGUUUCAGAUAAACUCUGGUUCGAUUUGCAAUCGAUGUGUAUUGGCUUCAAAUCACUUGUAUCUAUCAAACUCCAGAACUUCCCCAACUCUGUGGUAAAGCCUGCAAUAGUAAACCAAGAUUGUGUUGAGAAUCAUUUUUGCCAAGUAAGGGCAAGUAACGGUCAAAAUAACAACCCCACGUUUCUUCAACAACAAUCAGUUCAGAAUUCAGUCAGAUUUGGUCAAACUGUGAUAAGCAGAAAAAGCAAUGCUGGAAAACCAAGAUAA